CUUGGCACCACGGUUGGCUCCAUCAGUUUCCCGUGCCACUGCAGUGACUCAUUGAAACAUCAUCUCCAAUCAUAAUCACGCAUGUAUCUUCUCAAAUCAAGCAGCAGACCACAGGAUUUAUAAGAGUUGCGCUACGUCGAUUGCGCGCUUUCUCACUUUGGAUUCCGACAGCACCGAUGUAGUGGACCUGGAUUUAAACAGCACGUCUGUCUGGACCUGCAGAAGGGAGUUAAAGGGCUGAGCCUGCCAUCAAGCUGGAGCUGAGACAACUACAUCCAAGAUCUUCUCUUUCUGGAUCGUAGGACCUGAGUGAACCGGGAUGGAAUUUUUGACCAAAACACUUCAUUUUGUCCUGGAGACUGUUGCCGUGCUUUUAGCCUGAGGAAGGGACGAAGACAAAGGGAAGGCAAGGAACCCAAGAGUGGCCUUUAACCACUUAAGAUUUUGGCUCAAUAUAGAAGGAGCAUGUCUGCUAGCAGAGGCCCUUCAUGGAUGUUAUCCUCCAUGGCUUUGCUGCUCCUCUGGAUUGGAUUCAUGUCCAACUGUGCAGUCGCAAUCCAAGGUCAACAGUACCCUGUGGUCACCACCAACUAUGGAAAGUUGCGGGGAGUGAAAGUCUCUUUACCUAACGAGAUCCUGGGACCAGUGGAACAGUAUUUGGGGAUCCCUUAUGCUUUGGCCCCAACAGGGGAGCGGAGGUUUCAGGCCCCUGAGCCCCCAAUGUCCUGGCCUGGUAUCAGGAAUGCGACGCACUUUGCUCCCGUUUGCCCUCAAUUUUUGGAAGAUCGCUUCCUACACAAUGAUAUGCUCCCUGUGUGGUUCACGGCCAACUUGGAUACAUUGGUAACCUAUGUUCAAGAGCAGAGUGAAGACUGCCUGUACCUAAAUGUCUACGUCCCCACUGAGGAUGGAGCGAACUAUCACAGAAAAGGUGCAGAUUUCAACACUAAUGAUGGUGGUGAUCAAGAUAUUCAUGAUGAGAACGGCUUGAAGCCGGUCAUGGUAUAUAUUCACGGGGGCUCCUUCAUGGAGGGAUCCGGAAACAUGAUUGACGGCAGCAUCCUGGCAAGUUACGGAAAUGUCAUUGUCAUCACAAUCAACUAUCGUCUCGGUGUUCUGGGGUUUCUGAGCACCGGAGACCAGGCAGCCAAGGGCAACUACGGUCUGCUUGAUCAAAUUCAGGCUCUCCGGUGGAUCAAGGAAAACAUCCAGGCAUUCAAAGGAGACCCAAAACGAGUGACCAUUUUCGGCUCUGGUGCCGGCGCUUCAUGUGUCAGCCUGCUGACCCUCUCGCAUUACUCAGAAGAUAUGUUUCAGAAAGCGAUCAUACAGAGCGGCACAGCACUUUCUAGCUGGGCAGUCAACUACCAGCCCGCUAAGUAUACACGGGCCUUGGCCGAGAAGGUGGGCUGCAACAUGCUGGACACAAUAGACUUGGUCGAGUGCCUGCAGAACAAAAACUACAAGGAGCUGAUCGAGCAGUAUGUGACGCCGGCAAAAUACCACAUCGCUUUCGGUCCUGUGAUAGAUGGUGAUGUGAUACCGGACGAUCCCCAAAUCCUUAUGGAACAAGGCGAGUUUCUGAACUACGACAUUAUGCUGGGCGUCAAUCAAGGCGAGGGAUUUAAGUUUGUCGAUGGGAUUGUGGACAGUGAGGAUGGUGUCUCUGCCAACGAUUUUGACUUUGCUGUGUCUGACUUUGUGGAUCAUCUGUAUGGUUAUCCCGAGGGCAAGGACACUCUACGUGAAACAAUAAAGUUCAUGUACACCGACUGGGCAGACAAGGAGAAUCCAGAGAAUCGGCGCAAGACCUUGGUGGCUCUGUUCACAGACCAUCAGUGGGUGGCGCCGGCAGUUGCUACAGCUGACCUUCAUGCCCAGUAUGGUUCUCCCACCUACUUUUAUGCUUUUUAUCACCACUGUCAAAGUGACAUGAAGCCAAGUUGGGCUGACUCAGCCCAUGGUGAUGAAGUACCCUAUGUGUUUGGGAUCCCAAUGAUUGGCCCAACGGAUCUCUUCAACUGCAAUUUCUCCAAGAACGACGUGAUGCUGAGUGCUGUCGUCAUGACCUACUGGACUAACUUUGCCAAAACAGGUGACCCAAAUCAACCAGUACCACAGGACACAAAGUUCAUUCACACAAAGCCCAACAGGUUUGAGGAGGUAGCCUGGACCAAGUAUAAUCCCAAAGAUCAGCUCUACCUUCAUAUUGGUCUAAAACCCAGAGUCCGAGACCACUACCGUGCUACCAAGGUUGCCUUCUGGCUAGAGCUGGUGCCGCAUCUCCACAACAUCAAUGAAUUUUUCCAGUAUGUAUCAACCACAACCAAAAUACCUCCGCAGGACACCACCCCGUACCCUUACACCAAACGCUUCCCAGGCAAAAACAACUGGCCCUCUACCACCCGCCAUCCCGGGGUGCCGUCCAGCAACACCAAGCAUACCACAGACCAGCACAAAAACGAUGACUUCAUUGACGAAUCGAGCGUGUUGAUCGAGACCAAGCGUGACUACUCUACCGAGCUGAGCGUAACCAUCGCUGUGGGUGCCUCUCUCCUGUUCUUGAACAUACUGGCCUUCGCUGCACUAUACUACAAAAAAGACAAGCGCCGCGCCGAUUCAACGCCUCACGUCCCCACCCCGCAGCGCAACUUGACGUCGGUCGACGCGCCCUCUGCAGCCAAUGACGUAGCCCACCUGCAGAGUGAUGAGUUGAUGACCCUGCAGAUGAAGCAGCAGCAGCUAGAGCACGAGCACCAGCGCGAGUCCAUGCAAGUCCAUGACGCACUGCGCCUUGCCUGCCCGCCCGACUACACCCUCACGUUGCGCCGCUCACCCGACGACAUACCGCUGAUGACACCCAGCACUAUCACCAUGAUCCCAAACUCACUGGCUGGCAUGCAGCCGCUGCACAACUUCAAUACUUUUGGGGGCAGCCAGAACAGUAGCAAUCUGCCACAUGGCCACUCCACCACACGGGUAUAGCUCGCUGGGAUGGGACCACACAAAAUUCCCACUGAGAGCAAGAACUGAUUAGAAUAAGGCAAAUGGAAGUGAGGGUCUAUGUGAAGCACAGACUCCAAAAUUUCUGAUAGAAGUUAUUUUGCUACACUGCCUUCUUGACAAAGCAUAUAUAGUCAAUUGAUGUCUUUUUAACAGAGAAAAUAUGAAUUGUGAAUGUCACUACAGUAAUAAAUAUUUGGAGCUAACCUCCAAGGUGUUUUGUCAGCAGAAAAACAAAGUAAGUUAAUGACUGACUUGUUAUUCAUCCGAGAAAAAAAAAAAAAAAAAAUCAAACUAAUGCAUUGCAGUAACAGAAAUACAAAGAGAGUUUCUGGAAUCUCAUUGUUGAUUAUAAAUGUUUCAUACUCCUUACUGGGUAAAAAAAAAAAAAAAAGAUUAAUUUAAAAAAAUAGGAAUAAUUUUAAAAAAGAAAAACGAGGACAAUCCAUAAUCCUCCUCCUGUUAUUUUUAGUUUGGCUGUUUCAUUCUGAGCUAUCUGUUGAGGUGCUCAGAUACUCAAAUACUGUAUAUAUGAACACAUCAUUCUGUUCCCCUUAGGUCUUUUUUCUUCUCCUGCUCAGCCAAAACAAGCCUUUGAGAGUUGUGCAUUUUGGGCCUCUGGGCCAUGAUGUAAAUAGAGUUAUAUUGUUUUGAGAGAUUGGUAGAUGCAGGAUGUCUGCAAGCAACUUUUAUCUCAAUUCCAGACUUGACAAAUGAGGACUAAUUUGAUCUGCUGUUAGUUUUUUUCUUCUUCUUUGAUUUGGGGGUAUUUGCAAUUGUAUUUAUAUUAUGUAUUUCUGCCUGCACCUACAAUGUAGCCAGAAUAUAUUAUUAUUAUUUUUUUUUUUUUUCAAGUAGUAAUAUUAUUUGUAAAGGAAUAAUGUUGGAAUAUAUGUCACAUAGUUUAAAUUCUACUCAUAUGCUAGCAAUAUGUAAAGUAUUGUGUCAAGCUUGUGAUAUAUUUUGGGUUACAAAGCAAGUGAAUGAAUGUAAAUAGUAUUUUAUUUAAUAUAAUGAAAUGAAAGCAGAAAAUCCCAUCAAUGUUGAUUUUGUUUUGCAUCAGUUAUGCUCAAAUGGGAAGAAAGGACAUCUGCUAAAUCUAUUUAAGAAAAAAAAAAGUAUGAAAAUAUGGAAGUUUCAAAUUUGUUAGUUUCUUAUACACUAUUUGUUUGCUAUUUUGCCUUAAGUGAUUAUAGAGAUACUAUUUCUGGCUGGACACAUGUAUAAAGUUUUUCUGCAAUGUUUUUAAUAAAAUAUCAAAGUAUUUUCUAUAAGGAGGGACGAAAAAUCAAGACAAAUUAAUUUAUUGGGUUAUUACUUCAAAUGUUAACUGUUUUACUCUCCGCAAAUGACAACAGGUCCUUGGAUCAAGAAUUACAUCACACUUUCCACCCUUAUUUUUACCGUGCUCUUGAUAGCAUCCCCACCACAAAACAAGCAGCUGUUUGAUCCAACAGAGGGUCUGCUCACCCUGCCCAUCCUUGUGCAGAUAUGUGCAUCCGGUGCUUGCAGCAAACACAUGGCAUAAGAUAAGUACCCUGAUAGGUUUGCAGAAUACGUACGGAUGAACAAAUGCUUUCUGUGGUGACGUCAUUCUUUGUCUAACGCUCAACUGGGCAGGAUGAGACCUAACGCCAUUUGACAAUCAGGUCAUGUGCAGGGUAGAGAUGGAGAGAGAGGUGGGAGAAUUAAUUAUAUCUCAACUAAUCAUUUGCCACCCAGCUAUGCUCUAAUGCAAUUAGCCUCAACCAACCGCACCUGUUUCAUCAGUACUUUAGUCACACUUCACUAACAGGUUGUCCUUCUAUCUUGAUGUGAUCUUGAGCUUUUGUAUUCACUUGAAUCCAUCCAUUCAUUUUCCACACCGCUUAUCCUUGUGUGGCCCAGGGGGUGCUUGAGACUAUCCCAACUGACUUUGGGCGAAAGGCGGGAAUGGCACACACACAGAGACAGGCAACCAUUUGCACACACCAUCACACCGCCACUGAGUGGGAAUCAACCCCAAAACAUGAUAAAAGAGUGUAAAACAAAUUAACCGGGUUAAUACACAAUAAAAAAAUGAAUAUACUAUAAUGCUCAAGCACCGGAUAUUACUGCACUGUACCUCAACUGAUCCAUUUUGUUUUCACUUUCAGCUUGAGCAGUAGCAUAACGGAAAGUCGCUCAUACCUCAAAUUGUGGCUCGCAACACAAAGCAAAACAACCCAUUUAUCAAUAUGUUCAACACUGCUCGUACUGGAACCGAACAUAACCUUUUUAACGUUCUGCCACUCCCUCCACGUUCGAGAGCCUUCUCCUGGUCCACAAACACAUGCAGACUGGUCGGGCAUAUUCCCAUUGACCCUCGAGAAAUGUUCAUGAAACUUGAGGGACAGAAUACUGUAGACAGAUAGAGAUAGAUAGAUUGAAAGUGAGAACUACUGUACAUUCAGCUUCCUUUCACUCUCCUGUCUCUUCUUUAUCUUCUAGCAGUUAGCUAUCUGUUUAGUUUCAGUUUGUGUAGCGUUUUGGUUCUUUCGUGUUUUUGCCCUAGUGCAGGGGUCUCCAAACCAGUCCUCAAGGAUUGCUCUGGGUCUUGGUUUUUGUUCCAACUGAUCCAGCACAGACGGAUUGGGGGAGGAUACACCAAUAAUCAUUUUAUAAUCGAAUUGUAGCCUCUGAAUCGUAAUCAGCGCCCAAAGAUUCCCACCUCUACUCUUCACCCCCUGUCUAUAUGAGCCCUGAGAUUUUGUUUGAUCCCUGUCUGUUCGUCAUCCUUGUUAUGUUUGGUUUCCACAUCCGGAAUUUCCCCGUACAAGUGAGUUUUCUUUUGAUCUUAGAUUUAAUUUGUUACUUUGUCUUUUGUUUGCAAAAUGUUUUAGAAGUUUUAGUUAAUAAAUUCUUUGAGUUUGCACUUGGUCCUUUUGGCUCGCCUAACUUGCUUCCCUGCACAUCGGGUCCUUGUCUGCUAGCCAGGUCCCUAGGCAUAACAGUACAAUCGGACCAAUUAUGGACCCAGAGGGUCCUGUCACCCAGUCUGCCCAUGGGCCCCGUCUGAAAGGCCCGACAGGCACGGCGUCAUUUUUGAUUUCACGCAGCCACCAGACCCAAAUUGCCAUGAGCUGACUGCCCGCGAGGCGUUUUACCUGACAUUGUCAAUGGGACAUGGUUGCGUGAGCCUAUCAGGAAGGCCAUGGCUGGCAGUGUUCAGUCGCCCCUACACUUCAGUACACCGUCCGGAAGCCCUGGCGUGUUCAUCGAAGAUGGCGUGUGUCCCAUAUUCGAUGCUCCAGCUUCCUGAGGUCCCCGUCACGAUGCCCCUACUGCCCAAGGUUCCUGACAAUGACAUUGGUGGUGCUCUCAUCCCGGCUCCUUGCCGUCAUGUCCCGUUCCGGCUCAGGCCCUGCUCUGGUGGGCACCACCAGGUAAUGAUGUGGCUUCUGCUCCGCCGCUGCCUCUGCUCUGGCAGGCACCGCACGGCGACGACGUGACUUUCGCUCCUGUCCUCCCCGACGGUGGCGAAAACUUCACUUCCCCUCCUGGUCUUUACGAUGUCGAUCCUGUUUCGUCGUCUCCGGCCGCCAACGACGUCGCUCCUGUUCCUUUUCACCUGCCCAAGCUGGGUGGCAUGGACAGUCGCCCUUGUCCUGGUCCCGAACAUCCGCCCAAUCGACCUGUUCGGUCACCUCAUAUCUCGGACGUACGUUUGACCAGCCCUUUUUUUGGUCUUGUCCGAUCGUCACCAUUGUUACAUCUGGUUUCCACAUCCGGUAUUUCCCUGUACAAGUGAGUUUUCUUUUGAUCAUAGAUUUAAUUUGUUACUUUGUCUAUUGUUUGUAAGUUUUUUAAGGAGUGAACAAGUUUUAGUUAAAUUAAUUUUGAGCCUGUUCCUUUUGCCUCACAUGACCUGCUUCCAUGCACAUCAGGUCCUCGUCCGUUAGCUAGUCCCCUACCCUAGACUUUAUACUAUGAAUAUGGCGGAAAACACUCAGGUGACUGGAAGUUCCACUCUGAGACCCCCGAUUUGGCCAAAUUUUAAAAUUGUCUGAUAUGCAUGUGAGAUACAUCACUGGAAAGCUUAAGAUCUCAAUUUUCUGGGGGAAGAAAGAUUUUGAAAGGAGGGCAUUUAAAAAAAUUUUUAAAAAUUUAAACAGCAAAACCCUAUCUGGAGGUGAGAGCACGCGAGAGCAGAAUUACAGAUGCCAUGACUUUAAUGAGAUAUUAUCGCGUACUUAACUUGUUUCGAUCCAAAAACUCCAUGUUGCAUGUAUCACUGAGUGUCAAGACACAGCUGUGAAUGGCCAAAGCUGUAUUUUGGGGGGAUUUUAUGGGCGAAACAUAGGAAUCUAAAAAGGGGUCACGAUGCAGAAAUCACAGACAUCAAGGAGUGGUCGAGAUUUUCUUUUUCAUAUAUUUACCCUUUAAAAAAUUUUUUUUUUUUUCUUUUUUUUUUUUUUGGUCUGGAUUGACUAUUUAUCAUCUAAAAUAUUGGGGGAAAUGCAACAGUAACAAAAAAAAAAUAUAUACAAUUAAGCGAUAGUUAUGAGGUAGAUAUCCGUGACUUUUUUACAGACACCAUUUUUUUCAUUGUGACGUAAUUUGUUUAAGAGUUUAAUAUAUGCGAGUGAAUAAUUUUUUAGGUUUUUUUUUUUUUUUUUUUUUUUUUUUUCCUAAACGAAAUAUUAGACAGCAAUUAAUGAUUGUAAGCUAAAAAUGACAGACAUUUUAAAUAAUAAAUAUAAUAAUUACCUUCAUUUUAUGGCUGGGUUGAAACAAAAGCGUUUCAUGGCUGGGUUGAAACAAAAGCGGUUGCCCGACGUCUGUAAACGGCGGUUUCCAGGGUAAAACGAACAAAUUAAAAAUAGUUCGGGGGCUUCAUGCGCUAUGAAUCUGCUAGAGCAGCAUAUAGACAUAUUGUUCUUUCGAACACAACAGUUUUGGCUCAAAAUACAGCAGAUUCUUUUAAAGAGGAGUGCAAGAGCAGAAAUUGCUUUUUCAGUCUUGUCUGUGUUUUCUGCCAUAUAUCGCUUGAUAACUCACAAGUCUUAACCAGGUGGGAUUAACAAUCUUACGUUCAUGGCAUUAUCUUUAAACCUGACAAAUUUCAAAAAAAGAAAAUACCUGCCAUUUUUAUUUUUCUGGGUGCAGCAGAUCAAAACAUCUGUCUGAUGUGUAGACAAAUAUUAGAUUUUCAAUUUGGACUAAUUGUUUUAACUACAUCACAGAAAAUAGAGCACAAAUUCCCAGUAAGUGGCCUGCCGAUUCACAUUUUUCAAAUACUUUCCUGUCUACAUAUGUGGACACGAUGGACGUUUAAGCCGGUAGGACUUGUGGGUCACUGCCAGGUGUUAUUUCAUCUUGCUGCUGCAGCAUCGCCAAAUGAAAAAAAUGAUGCAAUUUGAUGAAUGUUGGCUGGCUUGCAGCAGGGCAGCAAGCAGCAUUUCAUUUGCCAGGCACGGGAGGCAACAAAUUGGGUUUCUCCCACUAAAUGUAAAGGCCUUGCUUCAUACCUUGAAAUCUAAUCAUGAUCUUCCUUUCAGAUGCUACUGGUUCACUUUAUUUGGUCUUAAUUCCCUUUACAAUAAUGGUAGACCCAGAGAUGAGUCUUUGCAGAUGUGUUUUUGUUUAAGCAAGUUCCAAGCACUCAAUUGUGUGGUCUAUUAAAUCAAAUAAAAAAGUGAUUAAAAGUAAAAAGACGUAUCAUUACAUAAAUUCCAAUUUAGAUAGCAGUAAAUUUUCUGAAUGAUAAGGAUCAAAGAUGACCGCAUCUCGACGGCUUACCAGGCUUCAGAAGAUGGCGAACAUCUUCAGAUUGGUUUGAUGUGACGCCAGAUCCCAAGUCACAAUCAUUUAAAGCAUAUAUAAAUGAUCAUUCUCAUUCUCAAUGUAUUUUUUUCAUAAUUUUUAAUUAUUGUCUUAUUUUGAUUUACAAAUAAUAAUGAAUGAAUGAUACAAUCAAACACUUGUGUUUCAUAAUACAUGCCAGGGUAGGUGAUCACACUGUCCAUCAGCAUAAAAUAAAUAUUAGGCUAAAAACAAACUUGACAAAAAAAAAAAAAACCUUUUAAUUUAGGCUUCUUUUUAGACUCACUUUAGUUAUUCUAGUCAUGUCCAGUAAGACGUCUGACAGUAAGUCCAUGUACUUUCUUUUUGUUUAUUAGAUCUUUUUGCCUUAUUUUCGAGCCCCAUGAUUCUUUAUCUCACACAUUCUCCAAAAUACUGUUUUCUGAGUAAGCAUAAACUUUUCUUGUCAACGCCGCAGCAGGAUAUAGCAAAGUGACUUUUUGUUCAUUGAGACAAACUAGGAUUCUGGCUCCUAUGUACUUACUCAAACUGAAUUCCCACAGUGUGGGUAAAUGAGCGAUCGCUCGUGCUGCACAUUUGUUGAAGUGUGCAACUUUCAUUCCAGUGUUAUAAGGAAAAGAAAGUAGGGGCUUGCAACAGCUAACAGAAAUACUCCAUUAAAAAAAUGGAUGUGGGGCAAAAAGCCCCACAAUCCACAAUGUCCUGAACAAAAAGAUGGUGACUGCAUGAUGACACUACUGGACACAAUGCAAGUAAUAAGUUAAUUGUUGAAGACUCGAGGGCAACUCUAGAACAUCAGUACCGUAUUUUUCGGACUAUAAGUCACACCUGAGUAUAAGUCGCACCAGCCAUAAAAUGCCCAACAAAGAGGAAAAAACAUAUAGUUUAUAUAUACAGUCGCACCGGAGUAUAAGUCGCAUUUUUGGGGGAAAUUUACUUGAUAAAAUCCAACACAUAGAACAGAUAUUUCAUCUUGAAAAGCAAUUUAAAAUACAAUAUAGAACAACAUGCUGAAUAAGUGUACAGCAUGUUAAUGUUACACGAUGCAUGAAGAACAAAAUGCAAACGUGGCCAGUAUGUAAACGUAACACAGCUAUUACGAGUUAUUCAGAAAACUAUAGCAUAAAGAACAUGCGAACAAAUUUACCAAACCAUCAGUGUCACUCCAAAACACCAAAAUAACAUGUGAAAUGAUAUAAUAAUGUGUUAAUAAUUUCACACAUACAGUAAGUCGCUCCUGAGUAUAAGUCGCACCCCCAGCCAAACUAUGAGAAAAACUGCGACUCAUAGUCCGAAAAAUACGAUAAGUUCCUCUGUUGUUAACAGUUGAUACAGUGUUCUUUUCUUUUUAUGCUUCAUUUUUUAACAUGGAGUUAAAGUUAAGUCCGAAAAAGCUCCAGUUUUGUCUCUUUAGAAAAGGACAUUUGGAGAUUCUGGGGUGGCUUCGCUCUAUAGCUGCCAAAUGGUGUCUUGAAUUUGUGCAUGGUGCAAUCAAAUUCCAAUAAGAUCAGUGCGAGAUCAUUUGUGAGCAAAAGUUCUUGCCAGGUGACAAAAAGGUUAAGAAUAUGUCUGGGUUGACUAAACACUUUCCGUUUGAAUUUUUGGUUGGUGCACUUUUAUUGAUGCUGCCAAUGAAUUGCAAAAUCACAUUUGUAUGUCGCAUUCAACACAACAUGACACUCAGGGAUGGAAUUCCCCUCCCUACCUGCAUCCCUGUACCAUGAUUCAAGGCCCCUGACCCACACUUUAACCCUUUAACACCGAACGUGUCGGCAGCGACGCGUUUACGCAUAUCGUCUUUGAAGCUUCGUCACGCUGUAAUUAUGUCACCCACGUGCCGCUGGUUGGUCUCGUUUGAAAGUGUGGAAGUUGAUGUCCACACCAGUUUUUAUUUGAAGUCAAUCGGCCAAGAAAAACGGGAGAUAAUGUCAUUUGAGUUUUAUAGUUUUAUUGCACUCAUAAAUAUGCAUUAAAACGCUGCAUGGACCAUGUAUCCAUCUCCAUAUUUCCAUCAUUUCUUGUCCUUUUUCAAAAUCGAAAGCAGCACAAAAGACUACAAAUCCCAAGAGCCGUUGUGAUGUCAAGAAGGACGAACCGAAUGUGAUCAUUUUUUAAAAAUUUUCGAGCGAGGCGCCAACUAUUGAAAGGGAGGCAUGCGAAGCAAGCAACGGCCGGUGUUGUGCCGAAAAAUAGCCACCCCGCGCGAGCGACUUUGAAACGUGCAGAAUGAAUCUAAAACUACAUUUAGCGCAAGCUAAUGCAUUAUUUCAUUAACUCCAGGAAGAAGAUGAGCCGUAUUUGUCGUUGUUUUCUUGGGAGGAGUCGGCGUCUCGGCGAGUAGAAGUGACAGCAGCGCGCAAACGGCGAAAGAGUAGGCUGUGUGACGUUGUGUGUGAUGCAGCUCCGUGACCUGUUCAAGAAGAAGCUUUAUUGAGUGCGCAAAUAAAAAAUAAAAAAACUUUAUUAGGUCGCAUGCCUGAAAAAUUUGAAUUGAACUGAACUACUUGUCAAUAUUUUUUUUAAAUACUAUUUUUCAAUGUUAUAUAUAUAUUUUCUUGACUAUAAUCUUUUCAAUUUUUAUGUAGAUGUGUGUUGGAGAAGCUUGAUUGCAUGUACGUAUAUACUUUUGAUAAGGUGAUGGGUACAACACCUAACUUCACAAAGAGAUAUCCUCCAAACACUUUUUGUGUUAGAUGAUAUAUAUAAUUUUUUCUCUCUCACUAUUUUGCACAGUAUAUAACCUGUUUUGACCUAGUAUGUGUAAAGGCCAAAAACGCCCAUGACCAUACCUGCUGUUUGUGAUGAAUAGUCAAACAUAAAACUAUUCAAUCUUAUUUUUUUUCUAUUGAAUGUUUAUCCUAACAAAUUGAAUAAAUAUUAUCAAGCUUCAAAACGGUUGGUCGAGCAUGUUUGGUUGUCAAUGGGACAUCAACAUUACAAAUUUUGAAAAAAGAUUUUGGGAUUUUUUUUGUCUUUUUGGGUCCAAAAUGUGGAUUAUAAUUGGUCAGUGAAGAAAACAACAGUUUAGACAUGAAGUUCAAGGUGUCCUGAAAAAAAGGACCCAACUUGGCCAUUGUAAACAAUUUUUUCUUUGAAAUAUAAAGGCAAAACAUCAAAUGCAUGCAAAUUCGGCCAAAAUAGGCUUAGGUGUUAAAGGGUUAAACAAUACUUGAAGCACAGCUCCGGGAGAAACUUUUCAUUCUCAUAGAUCAUUCUUUUCAAACUUGUAAAAUAUGUAAAGGAACAGCUAUGAAUCAACUGUAUCCUUUUCAGGGCCAUCAAUGUUUGCUUCCUUGUUAACAUCUCUAUAAUAACCAGUUCUAUUUCAGCCUCAGAAAAAUAAAAUGAGCUUCUUCCUUUGUUUCGCUUGUAACCAUGAUUCAAAGCAUACAGUAGGCCAAGAUUGGCCAGGAUUGAUUUGGUGCUUUGCAUUGAUUAUAUUAGGUUGAAAAUGGAUGUGUUGGUAGAGGGUGUGAUCCAUGUGUGUUCUUGUCAAGAAAAUAUGUCCUACAGCUGCACUUGUGUGUAUUGACAUUUAAAAGACGAGAUGUGUUUUUUUUCUUCAAUUGGGAAGGCUCCUUGGAAACAGAGACAACUGAAGCCAUUUUCCCACAAGCAGUGGAUCACAAUGCCUAUCGACUGGUUUACACAUCUCAUCGCGAAUUACACGAAUUAAGGACUGGCAACAUAACGAUACCUCCAGUGAGGCAGGGAUGCAACGAGUAGUUAAUAGAACAGGACAGCACAGUACAGGGCAGGUAGAGGUAGUGUGGUGGGAGCUAUAUGUUAACAAAUGAGCUGCCAGCAAUGGUAAAGACGUCCUGCCCGAAACACAGUUGGCUAAUGUGUGCAUCCUACUUAAUCAUAUCACCAGGCACCAAAAGCAAUUUGGAGCUCUGCAGCCUGUGAGAGGAGUCAGGCUUGUACCAUACUAGGUUGAAUUAUUCCCAUGGGGAUGUUAACACCAAAAGAUAUAUUGGAGCAAACUGUCACAGCAGCAUGGGGGAGCAAGCCAAAGUUAGUCUGCAAUCCACUCAGAGGACAAGCUGUGGAAGGCACAAUAUUUGAUAAAUGUGAAUAUGAUCAUAUAACAACUAUAAUGAACAUUUGGCUGCAUCUGUUGUUUGAUUAGUAUUUCAUGACCAGCAGGGUACCAUGUGGAUGUGAGCUGUGAUUGCCAAUGAGUAGUGUCAACUACUAUGACAUCAAUUCCUGACUAUGACUAUUUAAUUG